GUGUGUUUUUCUAUAAAUUAUUAUUAUCGAGUGACUUAUUUUUUUUUAAUUUCUUCCAAAAAUGAGUGAUUUCUUCAGAUGGGAUCGUGUUCCCAGAUUUUUUCGAUUUUGGGACAGAAGGAGGCCUAGAUAUCAUCAUAGUUCAACAAGAGUCGUCUGGUCACCUGAUACUACUGAUAGUACACUACAAGUAGCAAGAAUUACAGGAGUUGACCUUUGUAUUUCUCACAAUGGUCCUUUGCAUCGUACUGACCUUUACGAAGUUAUGACCAGAUCCCGCACUAACGAAUUCGAUUUUGAUUUAGAAGAACACAGAGGGAAAAGUUCCAAAUUAGUGGUGCGCAGAGGUCAAGGUUUCAAAUUAAUUCUAAGCCUAAGUCGACCAUAUGAUCCUCAAAGAGAUGCCGUCAGUUUCAUCUUCACAGUUGCAGAUGCCGAAGUACCAAAUUACGGCCAAGGUACCCUGGUUGCAGUCCCUUUGACCUCAAGACCUACAAUUGGUGCAGAUGGACAAUGGUCAGUUGCUGCUAGGAACUACGAAGGGACAACAUUGGAGGUGGAAGUGACCCCAGCCCACGACUGCAUAGUAGCCCAAUGGAAAUUGGACAUAGACACAAAAUUAUUAAGAGGAGGAGCAGUCAGUUAUAGUCUGCCACAACCCUUUUAUGUUUUGUACAACCCUUGGUGUUCCAGAGACCAAGUUUACAUGGCAGAUGAUGCUUUAAGAGAAGAAACAGUAAUGGCAGAUACAGGACUAAUUUGGAGAGGAUCCUACAACAGAUUAAGACCUACUGUUUGGAAAUAUGCCCAAUUCGAAAAAGACAUCCUGGAUUGUGCCUUGUAUCUCAUCACUCACGUAUCAAAGUUGAAAGGGGCUUCCAGAGGUGACCCUGUUCUAGUUUCUAGAGCCCUUUGUGGAGCUGUCAAUAGUGCUGAUGAUAAUGGAGUGGUACAAGGAAAUUGGUCAGAUGAUCAUGGUGGUGGUACACCACCAACAAAGUGGAUUGGAAGUAUGAAAAUUAUGCAGGAAUAUUAUAAGAAAAAGAAACCUGUGAAGUAUGGACAAUGUUGGGUUUUUGCUGGAGUACUUUGUUCAGCUCUAAGGACUUUAGGCAUCCCUUCAAGGGUCAUCACAAACUACUCCUCAGCCCACGACACACAGGCAAGUUUGACUGUCGACUAUUUUGUGGACGAAAAAGGAGAAGUUAUGGAAGAACUCAAUUCGGAUUCUAUUUGGAAUUACCACGUAUGGAACGAGGCCUGGAUGGAUCGUCCGGACCUGUACCCGGCCUACGCCUAUGGAGGUUGGCAGGCGGUCGACGCGACGCCUCAAGAAUUAUCCGAGGACAGUUUCCGAUGCGGCCCUGCAAGUGUCAUUGCCGUUAAACAGGGCGAAAUUAAAAGGGCCCACGAUACUGCGUUUUUGUACGCCGAAGUCAACGCAGACAAGGUAUUUUGGAGAUACGCAGGACCAACACAACCAUUAAAACUUUUACGAAAAGACAUGUACGGAAUCGGACAAUUGAUUUCAACAAAAGCUGUCGGAAAAUGGGAACGAGAAGAUGUUACACACACUUAUAAAUAUCCAGAAAAAUCCGAAGAAGAACGUGCCAUAAUGUUGAGGGCUUUGAGAAACGCCGAAAGCAUUUUCUCAAGAUAUUAUUUGAACGAAGAUUUCAAUGACGUCAGGUUUGAUUUUGAGCUCCUCGAUGACAUCAAAAUCGGUGAGAAUUUUGCUGUUGUUUUAAAAAUCGAAAAUCGCAGCGGAAUUACUGCACAUAGAGUUACUGGAUUUUUGAGAGUCGAUACUGUUUUGUAUACUGGAAAAGUUAAAGGCGAAGUUAAAUUGUUACAAUUUACUAGAGAUAUUUUACCAAGUACAACAGAUGAAGUAAGAAUGGAUGUAUCAUUUGAUGAAUAUUUUGGACGUUUGAUAGAUCAGAGUGCUUUUAAUAUAUCAUGCAUGGCCAGGAUACAGGACACAGAUUAUGAAUAUUAUGCCCAGGAUGAUUUCCGUGUAAGAAAACCUGAUAUCAAAAUUAGACUGGGUGGAUUGCCCACGACUGGAAUUCCACUAGAGGUUUCCCUAAGACUGACGAAUCCAAUGCCGAUUCCUUUGAAAAAAGGAGUUUUUAUCGUCGAAGGUACAGGACUGGAGCAGCAGUUGAAAAUUAAGUUAAAACAGAAUAUCGAACCAGGCCAAACCCACAUCGAGACCUUCAACCUGACUCCACCAUAUUCUGGCAGGAGCACCAUAGUGGCCAAAUUCUCUUCGAAGGAAUUGGACGACGUGGACGGUUUUCUGGCCUAUGUCGUCGCCCAAAACGACGGCGGAGGCGCAACCGGAGCAGUCGCCUCCAACGAGGUUGUGGAGGAAAAUAUGGAGAAUGGAGGCACCAGCGCGGUUAAUGGAUCUUAUGUUAAUGGAGAAACGUAA